AUGAUAUUUAAACAACAACGACAACAACAUUUUAAUAUUAAUAUUAUUACAGUAGUACUAUCAAUAUCAAUCAUUGCAAUAGUGGUGUUUGGACAUAGUCAACCAUUAUUAUCAACAAGAGAAGAAUUUAUAGAAAAGAUUGAUGGAUACCUUGACAAUGAAUCUUUGUUUGAUGAUUUGCUCAAAAACCACCACUACUAUAGUACUGCCAAUAGACAUGUGAUUGAAGAGUAUUAUAGAGGUGCAUUCAAACGUAUUAGAAAUAGAUUAUCAAUACCGUCUCAUCGAAUUUCAUUCGAUCCACCAACUUAUAAUCAAACUGUAAUUGAUGCAUUUGCAUCAAAGAUACUUUUAAAUCCACAACAAAAUCUAACUUGGAAUCCAUAUGAUAUCGUUGGUUUUAAUACUACUUUGAACGAUUCAGUUUGUGCAGUUUUGUAUCCAAACGAUUCGGAUCGCUCUACAUACUAUCUUGUCAAUUAUACAUCUGCAGAUGCUGCCAUCGAAGCAGGAGCCUUUGUAACACAUCUCCAUGACUGUGGAUAUUGUUCAACUACCAAAGACUUGGCUUCAUACAUGUCACAUCCAGAUUUAACGGAUCCUAUUCGUGACUGUGCCAUAGUCAGUUUUGUGUCGGACAAGGACUCACUUGAAUGUAUUCAACAUUCUGCCAACCUAACUUACAAUUGUGCAGUGAUAUGGUUGUACGAUGCACUCAAUACUCGUAAAGACUGUCUAGAUAUUUGUCUAAUCGAUUGGAUCAUGCACACUCCCAACAAUGUACCGCCCAACUCUACCACUCUAAACAAAUGCCUACAAUGCGAUGAAGAUAUGUCUGGGCCCGUUUUUAAGGUUGUGGCAGCUCGUACGCGUCGUGAUAGUGGUUUGGAAAGCGCUAUCAAUCGACCACCCGAUUCAAUCUACAAUAUAACUCAUUAUUAUUAUUAA